AUUGUAGCAAGACAUAAAUGUAACUAAAUACAGAAAUGAACUUCAGCUUUUAUCACAUCAACAAGCCUCUAAAUAUCAUUUCAUGAAGAAAUGUCUCUGCCUUAUCAUCCUCAUCCUUUCCAAAAAAAGUCCUAAUCAUUAUUUUGAAUGUUACUGCAUUAGGUAAGCAACCAUUGUCUUCCAUUUUGGCCCAUAAGGUCAAUGCUUCAUCAAGUAAACCUUUUUUACAAAGACCAUUUAUCAUAAUAUUAUAACUACAUUCGUUUAAAGGAUAGCCUUUAAUUAAAAGUUCUUGAAAAGUCUCUUGUGCCUCCUCAAGUCUUCCUCCUCUGCACAUUCCAUCAAUAAGUGUGUUCCAGAUGUACAUAUUUGGCAGAAUUCCCUUUUCCAUCAUUGUCUUGAAUAACUCAAAUGUCUGGUCUAGAUGAUAAUUUUUACAGAAAGCAUGUACCAAGCAAUUGUAAGUGAUUACAUUCAGUUGUUGAUUUCUAUCAUGCAUCUCAUCAAUAAGAUCCCAAACAUCAGCUAUUCUUCCAGAUUUGCAUAAACCAUCUAUAAGAGUAGUGUAAGUCACUGUAUCAGGAAUCAUGUUCCUCUUAUGCAUUUUCUGAAAGAGAUUCAUGGCCUCAUCCACUCUUUUACUCUUACAUAAUCCAUUAAUCAUGAUAGUGUAGCUGUAAACAUUAGGAGUUACUCCAAUUUGGGUCAUAACAUUAAAUAUGUGUUUAGCACUUUGCACCUGGUUAACUAAAUACCCAUCCAUCAAAGUGCUAAAGAUAACAAUGCCAGGUUUCACACAAGCUUUUACCAUCACACCUAGCACAUUCUUAGCUUCUUUUAUAUUUCCUUCCUUCCAACAGGUAUAUCAAUAGAAACUGUAAAAUUCAGUGUUUAUGCAGGAAUUAACAUUAGUGACAUCAAUGGAGAGGUUAUGCCAGACCAGCACCAAGUCCGUGAGAGAAGAGGGUGGUUAUGAGGUGAUUAAGAAGGCCAUUGAAAACCUUGGAUUGAGACACAAAGAGCACGUUGCAGCAUAUGGAAAAGGUAAUGAGAGACGUCUAACAGGAAGACAUGAAACUGCAGACAUCAACACCUUCUCUUGGGGUGUGGCAAACCGUGGAAGCAGUAAGAGUUGGAAGAGACACACAGAAACAAGGAUCCUUAUGUAGUCACCUCCAUGAUUGCAGAGACCACAAUCCUCUGGAAACCAUGAACACGUGUUUAGACCACUCAAAGUUGUGUUUCCAAUACCAUUUGAUCCACAAUUUAGUUAUGUCUUCAAGGAAUUGUUGUUUACUGACGUUUUUUAAGCCUCACUGUGUGCUUUGUAUGUUUGAGAAUGAC